AUGGAGGGUGGUCCGUCCGGCGGGCCGGGCGGCGACCCCGCGAGGAGCGGUCCGAGCAAGGGAAGGGAGGAGCUGGUCGAGAUGAAGCGCCGGCUGCUCCAGGAGGAGUAUUGGAAUCUCCUCUCCGCGUUCCUGAUGAAGCAGGCGUCGAAAGCCGAGCUGAACGAGAAGGUGCCCAGGCUGCUCGGCGCGCAGAACCUCCCGCUGCACAACCUCUUCCUGCGAGGAAUCUACAGCACCGCCUCGAGCAAGAACCAGCAGCAGCAGCAGCAGCAGGGGGUUCCGCUGGCGCGGGUCGCGUCCGGGGGAGCUAUGGGACCCGGAGGACCCGGGCCGGGCUCCCAGCAGCAGGGCAUGGGGGGAUCGGGCCAGGGAGCCCCCGGUCAGCCCAUGUCGCAGCAACAGCAGCAACAGCUGAUGAUGCAGCAACGGCAGCAGCAGCAGAUGCGCUUGCAGCAGCAACAGCAGAUGCAAGCGCAGCAGCAGCAACAACAACAUCAACAACAAACCAUGACCCCGCAGCAGCGGCAGCGGUAUCAGCAGCAGAUCAUGCAGCAGCAGCAGCAGCAGCAGCAGCAGAGGGGUGGGGUUGGAGGGGGUAUGCCGCCUGGGUCUGGCGGGUCGAUCCCGUUGGGGUCAGGGCCGCCGCCGGGCGUCAGCGCCGAGCAGUAUCAGCAGGCCAUGAUGCGCCACAACAUAAUGCUCCAGCAACGGCAACAGCAGCAGAUGAUGCAGCAGCAAGCUCAGCAGCAGCAGCAGUUGCGCAUCCAGCAGCAGAUGCAGCAGCAGCAGAAAGCGACGCCCACGAAGAGGAAGGGCGCGGCUGCGAAGGAGGGGGGCGGCGGGAAGAAGCAGAAGGCUCUCGCGGGGGCGGGUGGUGGUGGUGGCGGUGGCGGGGGGGCUGUGCUGCAGGGUGGAGGCCAGCAGCAGUAUCCGGUGGAGGGUCUCACGCAGCAGCAGCAGAUGCAGAUGCAGCAGCAGUUCCUGGCGCAGCAGCAGCAGCAGCGUCAGCAGUACAUGCAGCAGCAGCAACAGCAGCAGCAGCAACAGCAACAACAACAACAGGCUCAACAACAACAACAACAACAGGCUCAACAACAGGCUCAACAACAACAACAGGCUCAACAACAGCAGCAGCAGCAGCACCAGAUGCACCAGCAGCACCAGAUGCACCAGCAUGUGAUGCAGCAGCAGCAGCAGCAACACCACCACCACCACCAGCAGCAGCAGCAGUUGAUCCAACUCAAGCUCCAGAGGCAGGACCUGAUGCGGCAGCAAGAAGAGCUCCAGCGACAGCAGGAGGAGCUCGACGCGCAGUCGCUCGAGUCCCUUCGCACCUCGCGCGCGGUCUUCGUCUCCCCGGCGGCGCUCUCGCUGGGAGACGUCGUGGCGCACGGCGAGGGCGAGUUUGACGUCGACCCUCUCCCGGCGCUCCCCAACGUAUCCGACGCGGACGUCAGUCGCCGGCACGUUCGAUCGGCGGGGGAAGGGGAGGCCGGCCGGGGGGGACACUCGGACGACGGCGGCGCGGGGAGUGCGGGGGAUGGCAAGAGGCCGGGCGACGGCGGCGUGGACAGCGGCGCGAGCGACCAGACGGGCGGCGGCGGAGGGCGCCGUUUGUUUUCCAUCCCGCCCCCCGUGCCCCUCGUGGGCGUCGCCGCGCCCCGCGGCCGCCCGUUGAUCGGCCUCCCGGGAUCGAAAAGCUCCGUGCCAGCCCAGAACACCCCGUUGGGCCACCCCAUGGGUGUCCCCGUUCGGAACGUCUCUCACGGAAAGAUCGCCGUGUGCCAUCGAUCGCUGAAGGUUCGAAUGCGGCUCGCCGCGCACGACGAGGGCCUGCGAAGGGUAGCCCCCGAGUGCGUCACGACGAUGGCGCACGCGGUUUGCGCGUACGUGCAGCGGGUGGCUCGCGCGGCCGUCGCCGCGAGGGAUGCGAGGAUCGCCGAGCGGGGGACGGCGGCGGCGGCGCGGGGGGGGUCAGGACGGGGGUUGGUGGGACGAGGGGGGGCGGGCGCCGACGAGCCCGGGACGCGCGACGGCGACGGGGGUUCCGACUGCGAUCUGGCGACGCUGGAGGCGAGGAUGCUGGGCACCGAGGGACCGGGUGGUUCGGGCGACGUGUGCGCCGAGCCCACCGUGCGGAUCGAGGACCUCCUCGCCGCGAUGCGGGGUGACCCGGACCCGGCGGCGGCGGCGCACCUUGAGCGGGUCGGGUUGUCGCUGGCUGAGGAAAACGCGCGCGAGGUGGCGCUCGGCGGUUUCGGUUUCGGCGGCGCGUUCGACUGA